AUAUUAUAAGCUCCGCCUCUAAGGUCUCAAACAUUAAGUGAUUGUGUGAACUGUUUGUCUGUUUUGCCAUUAAAUCGACAAUAAUUUUGGUUUCAAUUGUUAUUCAAAUAACAUUAUAACCACUUCUGAAACAUAACAACAAUAACAAUGCAAUCAAUUAGUAGACAACUUAUGGGACAAACGUUACGAACGGCAUUAUCGACGACGACUGGCCAUCGAUUAUCGUCCACUUCAUCUUCAUUUCAAUUAAAACCCUUUAAAUUACAUAAAUUAGAGGACAAAGGACCCGAAACGGAAGUGAUUCUGACCAGAGAAGAUGCUCUCGUGUUUUACCGACAAAUGGUUACAAUAAGACGUAUGGAGGCCGCGGCCAAUGCUCUCUAUAAAGACAAAUCUGUUCGCGGGUUUUGUCACUUAUAUUCAGGACAGGAGGCCGUAGCCGUCGGUCUUGAGAACUCUAUUCGUAAAACUGAUGCCGUAAUUACCGCAUAUCGAGCUCACGGCUGGACGUGGAUUCGUGGCGUAUCAAUGGUUGGUGUUUUAGCUGAGCUCACUGGUCGUAGAUCUGGUUGUGCCCGAGGAAAGGGUGGAUCUAUGCAUAUGUAUAAUAAGAAUUUUUUUGGUGGUAAUGGUAUAGUUGGAGCACAGGUACCAUUAGGUGCCGGAAUAGCAUUGGGACAAAAAUAUAAAGGAACUGAUGAUGUGACAUUAGCACUUUAUGGCGAUGGAGCUGCUAAUCAGGGACAAGUGUUUGAGGCAUAUAAUAUGGCAAAAUUGUGGUCAUUGCCGUGUAUUUUUAUUUGUGAAAAUAACGGCUACGGAAUGGGCACUUCAGCUGAAAGAGCGGCCGCCAGUACCGACUACUAUACUCGUGGAGAUUAUGUGCCCGGUUUGUGGGUCGAUGGCAUGGAUGUGUUGGCGACUCGUGAGGCCACUCGAUAUCUGGUCAAUUUGUGUAGGAAAGGCAAAGGUCCAUUUGUUAUGGAAGUGGCCACAUAUAGAUAUCACGGCCACAGUAUGUCUGAUCCCGGCACCAGUUAUAGAACACGUGAUGAAAUACAAGAAGUGAGGCAAACGCGUGAUCCCAUCACAUCGUUUAAAGAUAAAAUUAUUAACUCUGAUUUGGUCACAUCAAAUGAACUCAAAGAUAUUGAUAAUCAGAUUAAGAAAGAGGUGGAUGAGGCCACACUUGUAGCCAGAAAUGAUCCAGAGUUAGGCAUUGAAGAGCUGUACGGAGAUGUUUACGCCAAACCACUUGAAGAGCAGAUACGAGGAAUUACACCAUUCACUCAACACAAACAUUUAAAAGUCAAUAAUCCGCAUAAUAUUAGAUUAUAAUAUUGUUGUUAAUAUGAUUUGUUAUAUUUUAUUAAUUAGGUUUAUCUAACAUUUAUUUAUAAAAUUCGUUUAUAUUUUAAAUAUGAGUUAUAUAUAUGAAGUAAAGUAGUAUUUAUGAUAAAAUUAGAUCUGUAAAAAUGUAAAAUUUAUUAAAUUAACAAUUUUAUUCUCAACACUCUUAACUGUCCAUAAAUAAUAGUAAAUAAUAAAUGCCGGUCCAUUUCAUACCAGUGCUAGGAUUAUUCAAAAUGUUUUUAUUAUAAGUUAUAAUUUAUAACAAUAAAAUUA